GUCCUUUGCACUAAACUGCUGCACCUUCAUUUUUUGUGAUGAUAAUUAAACUGAUGGACCAUAUACAGUGAUGAAGAUUAUUGUUUUGUUUCUUCUUCUUGUUGCCUAUGCCAUGGCAGUUCAAUCAGGGCCACUCUCUCUUGAUAUGGCUUGUGACAGGGCUUUCUCUGCUGUACUUUGUACCUUUGAGUUCACCAACAAUGGAAGAGAGGACUUGUAUCUGCUAACAUACAACACUCCUCUUGAAGGACCAUACUCUCCAUUUAUAACUCUCUCUCUUAAGGGUAAACCUCUUCAAUAUGAAGGUGUCUUUGCUUCUCGCACUCCUCCUACAAGGGAAGGAUUUGCUCUCAUAAAGGCGAGACAGAGUGUUUCUGCAUCUAUUCAAAUCACAGAAAUCUUCUCCAUUAAUAGGGAUGGUCACUACACUGUGAGAUAUGCUCAACCGUUACAAUAUCUUUCAGCAAAUGAGAUGAGACAGCAGUCUUACUUUGAUGAUGUUAUAGAAGCCAGUCAAUCCGUUCUUCCUACUCAAUCUGUCAACCUUUAUUUGGAUAAGACAAGGUCUCUGGAUAAACCAAUGAAACAAGAUGAACAAACAGCCAGGAAAGAAGUUAUCACAAUUACAGCAUGUCGUACCACUGUCUCUGUAGGAUCUGAUGCCUCAAUUGUUGAGGCCCACAAGAAGCUAUGCUCUCAUGUUCAUAAAGUGGAAGAUGCUGUUGACAAGAAGAACAAGACAUUGUAUAGGGAAUGGUUUGAGGCUAGGCCUACCCAUGGGCCUGACCAUGGGCCUGACCAUGGGCCUGAUCAUAAGCCUGACCAUGGGCCUGACCAUAAGCCUGACCAUGGGCCAGACCAUGGACCUGACCAUGGGCCCGACCAUGGCCCCGACCAUGGGCCUGACCAUGGACCUGACCAUAAGCCCGACCAUGGGCCCGACCAUAAGCCCGACCAUGGGCCCGACCAUGGGCCUGACCAUAAGCCUGACCAUGGGCCUGACCAUAAGCCCGAUCAUGGGCCCGACCAUGAGCCCAACCAUGGGCCUCACCAUGGGCCUCACCAUGGGCCUAACCAUGGGCCUAACCAUGGACGUAAAAAUAAGGUAAAAGAUGUAUUCCGAAAGGUCAAUACUGGAAUUCGCACUAAAUCGGUUAAGUAUGUCAUCAAUGGUGUUAAUUGUCAACCCAACUGGGGAGCCUAUACCUAUAAAGGUAGUACCACCACUUACAUUUGUCCUGGUCUCUCCAAUUUUCCCACCCUGUGCAGUGAUGAUACAAAGUAUAACAAGGAAGGAGUUCUACUUCACGAGUGGAGUCAUGCUUUUGGCCAUACUUCUGAUCAUGCCUAUGGUCCAAGGGAAAGCAGGAAACUAGCAAAGAAUUAUCCUGAUAAAGCAGUUGAUAAUGCUGAUAAUUACAUGUAUUAUUACUGCCUUUCCAUUCAUUAGGAUGUGCUGCACUGCAAGAGAUUAGAAAAUUUAGGACAUUAAUUAUUAGCUAUAUCAUGCAACACUAGUGACUAUAGGCUAGUUAAAAUGCACAUUUUCUCCUAUUUUUCAAAUAAACUUAUAUCUUCCUGGCAAAAAAUAA